CCCAGCCCACCGCCCAGCCCUUUCCCCGGGUCGCAGGGUGUCCCUAUCCGCCCAUGGCGGCUUUUCGAAACCUCUGUGCCCUCGCCUCGCGGAACAUCGUCUACCAUGCUCGCCCAGUCAAAUUGAAUGCCGUCACGCGUGGUCUGGCGACGGCGAAGGCCCCCUCUUCUCUUUUUGCGUCUCUAGACACGUUUACAGACCGUCAUAUCGGCCCAGAUGACAGCGAGGUCGCGCAUAUGCUGUCGAAGCUGGGCUACGACUCUAUGGACGCGUUUGUCGCGGACACCGUUCCCCAGAAAAUCAGGGUAUCCUCCUCUUCUGUGAGCAACGAGUCCAUCCCCGCUCUCAGCGAGUCGGAGCUCUUCCAACGGGCCAAGGAACUGGGGAAGGCCAACAAGCCUGUCAAGAGCUUCAUUGGCAUGGGAUACCACAAUGCUGUGGUCCCGCCUGUGAUCCUGCGCAACGUCAUGGAAAGCCCGGCCUGGUAUACGCCGUACACUCCCUAUCAGCCUGAGAUUGCCCAAGGUCGCCUGGAGUCUCUGGUCAACUUUCAGACGAUGGUGAUGUCAUUGACGGCUAUGGACAUCGCGAACGCUUCCCUUCUCGAUGAGGCGACGGCUGCGGCAGAAGGCAUGGUUAUGGCAUUCACCGCCACGAACGGCAAGAAACGGACCUUCUUCGCAGACAGCGGUGUCGCCCCGCAGACUAUCGCCGUCCUGAGAACACGCGCGAAGGGCUUUGGUAUCAACUUGGUGGUCGGCGACGCCCUCACGGCUCUCGAGGACGCGGCGCUUCGUGCGGACCUUUGCGGCGUUUUGGUUCAGUACCCCGACGUCAACGGCGCCGUCAAGGACUUCUCCGGAUUGGCAGAAGCUGUCCACGGUGCAGGCGCCCUGCUCGUUUGCGCUACCGACCUCCUGGCACUUACCUUGCUCAAGCCGCCGGGCGAAUGGGGCGCCGAUAUCGUUUUGGGCAACUCGGCGCGGUUCGGUGUCCCUGCAGGGUACGGCGGCCCCCACGCGGCGUUCUUCGCGUGCACGGACAAGCUCAAGCGCAAGAUGCCUGGUCGUCUGAUUGGUCGCAGCCGCGAUGUCAAUGGGAAGCCCGCUUACCGUCUCGCGCUUCAGACUCGUGAGCAGCAUAUCCGCAGGGAGAAGGCUACCAGCAAUAUCUGUACCAGUCAGGCGCUCCUUGCCAACAUGGCCGCGAUGUACGCUGUCUACCAUGGACCGGCCAGCUUGCAGCGCAUCGCGCAGAAGGUCCACACCUUCGCGCAGAUCAUCAAGAGCGCCGUAGAGAGCUACGGAUACAAGGCGGUCAGCGCGCAGUUCUUCGAUACCCUCACCUUCGAGGUCAGCGCUGUUGUGAAGGAUGCGGAGGUCCUCCACGUCGCGGCGCUCGCAGCUGGUAUCAAUCUGCGUCGGAUCGACGAUCAUCAUGUCGGCUUGACCCUGGACGAGAGUGUCGGCGCCGAGGAUGUAGUGGCCCUCGUCAACAUCUUCGCCUCCGCCGCCUCGCUCUCCCCCGUCACUCUGGCUGACCUCGCCUCGACUUCGCUUUCGUCGGCUUCUAUCCCGGAGAGCCUGCGCCGCACAUCCAAGUUCCUGCCCCACCCGGUCUUCAACACGCACCACUCCGAGACGGAGAUGCUCCGGUACAUCUACCACCUCCAGUCGAAGGACCUCGGACUCGUGCACGCGAUGAUACCUCUGGGCAGUUGCACAAUGAAGUUGAACAGCACGAGUAGCAUGAUCCCGCUCACGUGGCCCGAGUUCGCGUCGGUGCACCCCUUCGCGCCGAAGGACCAGGUCAAGGGCUACACGGAGCUGAUCAAGGAGUUGGAGUCUGACCUUUGCAAGAUCACUGGGUUCCAUGCUUGCUCUCUGCAGCCCAACUCAGGCGCUGCGGGCGAGUAUGCUGGUCUGUCGGUCAUCAGGGCCUACCACGAAUCGCGCGGCGAGAGCCAUCGCGACAUCUGUCUCAUCCCUGUCAGCGCUCACGGCACCAACCCGGCUUCGGCAGUCAUGGCCGGCCUCAAGGUCGUCCCUGUCAAGACGCACGCGGAUGGCAACCUCGAUCUGGAGGAUCUGAAGACAAAGGCUGAGAAGCACAAAGACCAGCUCGCGGCAUUCAUGAUCACCUACCCUUCGACCUUCGGCGUGUUCGAGCACGGUGUACAGGACGCCUGCAAGAUCAUCCACAACAAUGGCGGUCAGGUCUACCUCGAUGGUGCCAACCUCAACGCGCAGAUCGGCGUCACCAACCCUGCCACUUGUGGCGGUGAUGUUUGCCACAUGAAUUUGCACAAGACGUUCGCAAUUCCCCAUGGUGGAGGCGGUCCUGGCGUUGGCCCUAUCUGCGUGGCUGAACAUCUCUCUCCUUUCCUCCCCACCCACCCCAUCAUCUCCACCGGCGGCGACAAGGCGAUUAACGCAGUCGCAGCCGCGCCCUACGGCAGCGCCUCCAUUCUCCUCAUCUCCUGGGCGUACAUCAAGAUGCUCGGCGGCGCCGGUCUCUCCGACGCCUCGAAGCUUGCCCUGCUGAACGCCAACUACAUGGCGCAGCGCCUCUCUGGCCACUACAACCUCCGCUUCAAGAACGGCAAGGGCCGUGUUGCGCACGAGCUCCUCAUCGACCUCGCCGAGUUCGACAAGGCCGCAGGUCUGAAAGUGAACGACUUCGCUAAGCGCCUGCAAGACUACGGCUUCCACCCGCCCACGUGCUCGUGGCCCAUCUCUACCUGCAUGCUCAUCGAGCCCACGGAGUCUGAGACUCUCGAGGAGAUCGACAGGUUCUGCGAUGCUAUGAUCCAGAUCCGCAAGGAGGCAGAGGACAUCAUCGCCGGCAAGCAGCCCAAGGACAACAACGUCCUCAAAAACGCCCCGCACCCCAUCUCCGUGAUCGCGCAGUCCGAGGAGGAAUGGAACCGCCCAUACUCCCGCCAGACGGCGGCUUACCCCAUGCCGUGGCUUCUCGAGAAGAAGUUCUGGCCCACUGUUUCCCGCAUUGACGACGCCUACGGCGACACCCACCUCAUCUGUGACUGCCCUACCGUAGAGGAAUCUGCUUCUUCGCUCUGAUCACCGCUAGACUCCGCAUCCUAACCUCACUGUACCCAUACCUUAGUUGGGCUUUCUAUUCUACUAGAUGGCCCGCGCCCGGCCCCGCGUCUGUUCAACCGCGCACGCAUCUUUCUGUAUCAUACGCAUUCGCUCUCC